CCCCCCCCCCCCCCCUGUUAAGUCGAAGAGGAAAACAAAUCACCAGGUUGUGCACCUGGCCCGGAGAUAAGCAAAAAGCGGUCACUCAGCGGAACAUCACCGCAACGCGGAUCGAUACAUCGAUUCUUCCACCGCGUGUCUCGUAUCGUGUAUCCUGGCCUCCUGCUACGAUGGGUGCUGCUAGUGGGCUACUGCAACAUUAAUGAACCACGUCAUAAUUGGUGCACCCCUUGGCCCUGGACUGGCGGAUUUGGACAGUGGAAAAAGGGAGCGGUGUGCGACGCAAUGCAUCCAGUGCAUCCGGUGUGCCAGCAAAAGGGCUAAACAUCACCGUCAAACACACUUACAAUCGUCCAAACAAACGCUAAGACGGCACUGAUUGUAACGGUGCAACGUGCUCAACGAUCUCAGCAAGCCAGUAAUCAAUGUUUCAGACAUGCCGGCUCUGGAACCUGAGUAUCGCGAGCGUACUAGCGCUGACGCUGUCCAACGUGUUCCUCACCGUCCGGUUGCUGCACAGUGGCGACUGCAAUCAGUCGCACGGCGGGGCCGGUGGUGGCACCGGCACCGGUGCCGAGGACGGUGUAUCGAUGGUGGUACCGCGUGCACCCCUCCUCACGCCCGCCACCUGCCUGGAGUAUGUGCUGGCCGAAAGCCAAGCGAACGGAACGGAUAAGGCGGUGUUCUCGGGGCUCGAUUUACGGCUUGGCCGUUGGGAUGCGCGCCGGUUGUACAAGAUCUUCGAUUACGCCGUGGUCGGUGAGCGGUUCCCGGAGCUAUCCACCGGCUAUACCGUCUGUCUGGCGACGCAGAGUUCGCUGGAGAAGAUCUACUCGUUGGUGCAGGUGGCACACCAUUGGUCGGGUCCGAUAUCGGCCGCCAUCUUUGCCGCCGGGAACGAUGAGCUGUAUCUGCUGCAGCUCUACCUCUCCUACCUGCGGCUCUGUUUCCGGCCGAUCCGGGAGCGUGUUAGCUUUCAUCUGGUGCUACCGCGUGACCGGAUCGCUACGCAUCUGCGGAGCGUUCAUGUGGCCGACUUUACGCGGUUCGAUUGUGGCAAACCGGAGGCUACGCUCAAUGAGCUGCUGCAGCGCCGUACGCCCGAUACUAGCAAGUGGCGCAUCAAGAACCCGUAUCCCCAGAACCAUCUGCGGAAUGUGGCACGGAAGGGGUGCCAGUGCGGUUACGUGUUCCUUACCGACGUCGACAUUGUACCGAGCGUUAGCUUCGCCGAGCAGCUGGACAAGUUUCUGCGUCAACGGGGAGCGGUCGGUGCGGUCGGUGGGUCCAGUAACACCAACCAGCUGCACCAGCACCAUCACUACGCGCACCAGCAGCUGACCGCGUUCGUGGUGCCCACGUACGAGCUCGAUGAGAGGGUACGCUUUCCGCGCAACAAAACCGAUCUGAUCCGGUUGGCGAACAAGGGGCUGGCGCGACCGUUCCACCAUAAGGUCUUCAUCUACAACCAGUUUGCGACCAACUUUUCCAGAUGGCAGGCGGAUUUGGCCGAGAGCGACGAAACGAGGGUCUCGCACAACGUGACGAACUUCGAGUUUCUUUACGAACCGUUUUAUGUCGCACCUGAUACGGUGCCACCGCACGACGAGCGCUUCCUCGGUUACGGUUACACGCGCAAUACGCAGGUGUACGAAAUGUUUGUGGCCGGCUAUCAGUUCCAGGUGCUGACACCGCUGUUCACCGUGCACUGGGGGCUGCAGAACAAGAAGAGCCGACCGGCGUGGCGCGAGCGGCAGAACAACGUCAAUCGCAAGUACUUUGAAGUGUUCAAGCGCGAAGUGUUUGCACGCUACCACAAGGAUCCGCUGCGCAUGCUGCUGCCGAAGAAGGCACAGAAGCAGCAGGCACAGGCAGGGGCUGGUGGCGGUGGUGGCGUCGCCGGUGCCAUGGUCGCGAUCGGUGCGGCCGCUGCACCCGGUAAACCCUAGGCUGAGCGCUAAAGUCCCGGAUGCUCCUAGGAAAAGAAAUCUAAAAUUCAAACAUAAAAGUAUGUGUGUACGCCUGUGUUCGACUGAAAGAGAGGAUGUAUGUGUGUGUUUGUGGGUGUGUAUGUGUGCAGGGACGUACUAUGAACCGUAGUAAACACGAGCAGCAAACAAACGAAAUAAUGUAAUCGAGUAGCGUGGUGAGAAACCGGAAAAUGAAGAUAUCGUUGCGUUUCGGACGUGGACAUGAUAGUCAGUCCGGUCAGUCGUCAGGCGCGUCGUUGGGCCAGCAGGGCCAGCGGAACAUGUUAAUACGCUUGGCGUACGAAGGGGGCGGUUGAUUUCCACCACUUCCAGCUGCAGUUCGAUCGACAGUCGUUCUGUCGCUUAGCAGCGGUUCCAUCACUUUUCCACUUUUCCGGCUCUUUUCUGUUCGUCUUUCGGUUCGUAAUCAACAGUGUGUGCGUCUGUUCGUGCGCGUGGUAGUUCGGCGAGGGUGGUGCACUGUUUGACGGAGCGGGCAACUGCAUUUACGAAUGAUUGCUGUGAGUGUCCGGUUCUGGAUGGCACAGGACGGACGGGGGGUUUCUCGCUUGGGUUUCAUUCGGUAGAUUCCUCCUUUUUAAUAUAUGACUCUCCGCCCUCCCCACACCCCGCACCGUGUAGUCUAACGUCUAACGAAACUCUAUUGCCAAUGCUUCUAAUGCAAAAGUCAUACUAGUACCGUAACUUAUCUAAGGCUGGUUCGCGCUCGUUAAUGCUUUUCCGGGUUUGUAUAUACCGUUU